CGCACCAAAAAACCAACAUAAAUUUCAGGUGUCAUUUUUCUUUUCUUCGUAGCUACGAAAAGAAAGCAAAAUCUGAUUGAUCAAGAAAUAUCACUUAGAAAUUUCACUUUUUUUGGUCAACAUAAACUAAUUUUGAUUGGUGAAGAGUGCCAUCAGAUGGUUAAUAACUCAAGCAGCAGUACUGCAAAUACUGCAGAGAUUUAUGAUCAUCGUCACCUUCAACGUCUGUUAGAAGAACUCUGUUAUCAUAUAAAGAAAGCAGAGGAGGAAAUCCCAUCUGAAGAAUCUCAAUCCAGAUUAUCAAAAUUUCUUGAUGAGUUGGACAAGGAGAAGAAUACAAAACACCAUUACCGCCACGAAAUCGAGGAAAUGAAAAAACAGUGGAUAAUCCUAAAUGUGUUCGUUUAUGGAGUGAAGAUAUGGAGUACUGAAGUAGCUGAAGUGCUGGAGAGCUGUGGGUCAGCCGUGGCAAAAAUCGAAGCGAAAGGCGAUGAGCUUGCUAAGCUGAUAAUCACUCUCCUGUUGGGUUAUCAAGAAAGCUCAAUCACUUGGAUGAUGAAAAUGGUGGAUGAUCUCCUGGCAAAGGGUGCAGAGUUACCUGAAUUGAACAGAGAAAUAGCCGGAGUUGUCCCCUGUUUUUUCAUGAGCUUCUCAUCAAAGCACAAUUAUUCUCACCAGGAUUUGAAUCUUCUUGGUGUCUAUCAACAUUUAGUUCUUCCGCCUGAAACGAAAAGUUCAUUCAUUCAUCAUGUGAACCAAUCAGGUUUGUUGGAGAUGAUGCUGAGCUCAUGGGGGUUUAAUAGUGACAAUCAUGAAGAUACUGACCCUUUCACAGCCUUCUUGAUUUGGAUGCUUGAGCAGUUUUAUGUCCAAAUCCCAAAGUUCGAUUUCUCGAACAAGUCUGCAGACAUUGGAUUUUUUGAUAGUCUAGUUAGAGACCGAUUAGAGCCAAGCAACCUCAGACAUAUAUCUCAAUGGCCAGUAGAGAAGAACAUGGGACACAUUCGAAGGGCACUAAUCUCUUUGAGGCCAUAUAUCGAAGGAGCUUUGAAGGAGCAGCUGGAGCUUUCUGAACCAAAACAUUUUCGCGCUUACAUUACAAAGAUGAUGUAUGACUUAGAAUGCAUUAUGGACUUAGCUGAGGUUAAAAUAGGCCCUCACUGGCAACAUGUAUUGUGGACCUAUAACCUAUAUAGGCAGAUCAUUCUUAUCGAGACGAUGGUUGAAGGCGCAAAAUUGCAGAAGAUGACUGAUGAAGAUGGAGGCCAACACAUCCCUGUGAACUUAAGCACCAGCGAAGGUUUAGGUAAACGGAAAACUGAGAAGCCGGUGCUCUAUCUUCACGAUCAGGAGGAACUCAUCAUCGACAGGCUAAUGGGACGAUCGUCCCAAAGGGAUGUUGUCUCUAUUGUAGGAAUGCCUGGUUUGGGAAAAACAACUGUAGCGAAGAAGGUAUACGAUGAUCCAAGGGUUUCGUAUCACUUUAAGCGUCGUGCUUGGUGUUGUGUUCCACAGACAUACGUGAAAAGGGACUUGUUGCUACAACUUCUAGGAGACAUUCAAGGGCACACUGAUGAAAUUCAUGACAUGGAGGAUGCAUCUUUAGAGUUGAAAUUACGGCAAUGCUUAAGAAGAAAGAGGUACCUUGUUGUUUUUGACAAUGUGUGGGAUAUUGGAGCAUGGGAAGCCGUAAAAGCAUCAUUUCUGGAUGAUAGAAAUGGAAGCAGAAUUAUGUUAAUAAGUUGUGUUCAUCAGGUUGCCUUGGAUGCUAUGCCGAGUAGUACUCCUCAUCAACUUCGUCCGCUGUCUGGUGAUGAAAGUUGGAAAUUACUGGAAACAAGGAUUUUCCGUGAGGAAGGAUGUUGUCCCGAGGAAUUAGUACAAGUCGGAAAGAAAAUUGCUGAACUAUGUAAAGGAGUACCUCUGGCAGUUGUUGUAGUUGCUGGUAUGCUAGAAAAGACUGAGAAGAAGCAGGAGUCAUGGCAGCAGAUUUUAGAGGAGUUGAAUACUCGGGUCAAUGAUGAUCCAGAAUCUCAGUGCAAAAGCAUCUUGGAAAUGAGCUACAAUCACUUGCCUCAUCAUCUAAAAGCUUGCUUUCUGUACUUUGGAAUGUUCCAACCGGAUAAAGAUGUUCAUGUCAGAAAGUUGUUACAAAUGUGGAUUGCCGAAGGAUUGAUACACAAAACUGAUGAGAAAAGCUUAGAUGAAGUUGCAGAAGAUGCCGUGAUGGAGCUAAUUGAUCGCGGCCUAUUGAUAAUUGUCAAAAGGAAAUCCAGGGGAGGGGUAAAAUCAUGUCGAAUGCAUGUUCUGUUUAAUCAGUUAUGUCUCUCAAAUUCAAAAGCUGAAAACAGUUUAGGACGAAUCAUCAGGUAUGAUGAAACUUAUGCUUCUUUUGAUAAGUUAUAUCCUGGAGUUGAUUUUGAGGUUGAAGGUCCCUUAAACAUUGCAAAAUUUGAGGCGUAUCACAUUUGUGUUCAUUUGAAGCGUCAGCAUUUUAGUGAUUCAAGACCCUCAGGUCGUUUCGCCCGUUCUCUCAUAUACAUUGCCACUGAUUAUGCACAUCCAGAACAUGCUUAUAAACUCUCCUUCAGGUAUAAAAACUUUAAACUUCUCAGGUUGUUGGAUUUGGAAUGCAUCAAUAUGGGAUCCUCUUUCCCCAGUGAAAUAUUGAUUCUAGUUCUACUGAGAUACUUAUCGGUAACUGGGAAUUUCAACUACAUUCCAGGUAUGAUAUCAGAUCUUCGAAAACUAGAAACAUUUAUAGUGAAGGGAUUAAGUGGUAUUGAGCUUCCAUUUGAUUUUUGGUGCAUGAAAAGCUUAAGGCAUGUACAUAUUAAGAGUGAACCUACUUUCCAAACAAGUGGUGACUUGUUUUGGUCCUCAGAAACGCUGGAUAACCUGCUCACCUUUUCUUCAACAUCUGCUUUUAUUGGGAAGUUUGAUGCUAAUAACAAAAAAUCAUAUUCCAAGACUCGCAAUAUUAUCCGUGUACUAAGAAAGUUUCCGAAUCUCCAGAAGUUGAGAUGCGCAUUCUAUGAUUCGGAAUAUUAUUCAGAGACUAACUGCAACAAGUUUCCAGCUUUAGACCAUUUAAUACAUCUGCAGUCACUCAACAUAAUGUACGCUGGAAGCGUUCGCAGUCCAGCUGCAGGGGGAUUUUCUCUGCCACUGAAUUUAAGGAAACUUACAUUAUCAAGGUUUUAUCUGUCAGGGGAUCAGAUGUCAUCCAUCGGGAGGCUUCCAAACUUGGAAGUUCUGAAAUUGAUUUCCGCAACAUUUCAAAGGCAGACUUGGGACAUGAACAAUGAUGAGUUCUGUAAACUCAAGUUCUUGAAGCUACAUUCCUCCAAUGUAAUUCAAUGGAAUGCUGCUUCUAAUCAUCUUCCAAAACUUGAGCAACUUUUUCUGUGGAAUUGCAAGGACCUUGAAGAUGUUCCAUACGGAUUUUCAGAAAUUCCCACAUUGCAAAUCAUUGAAGUGAAAUGGUGUUCAGAAUCUCUUCAAGAGUCCAUCAGAUACCUGGAGGAGUCAAUUGAAGGCCUUCAAGUGCUUAUCAGUCAUUGA